AUGUCCGGCGCCAUGGCAUUCGCCCUCCGCGCCCGCCCGCUCUCUGCGACGCCGAUUCGAGCUUUUCGACCCAUGAGUUUCUCAACAACAGCAGUUGCGCGCACCGCCGAAAUUCGAGAUGUGUCGAUGCUACCUCGAAGGGUCGUGCCGAACUACCGCGAUCCCCCGAACUCAACUUCCGGCUUGUUGUCAUUGCACUGGCCCAGGCCACCGCGCAACAUCCUCCUGAUGCCGAAGCUACGAUCUCCUCAAGUCCUCCGGGCGACGAUCGACUUCGCGAAGCACUUGAACAGUACUUACACAGGCCUGAACCUGAUAUUCGAACCCCGAGUUACGCAGAUGGUUCACGAGUCCUUUGACUUCCCCAUCUACACUUGCGACCCCUCAAGCUUCCCCGACAAGAUCGACAUGAUUACGACGCUGGGCGGGGAUGGCACUAUUCUGCGCGCGGCAAGCCAUUUCAGCAUGUACUCAUCCGUGCCACCGAUCCUCGCCUUCAACUUCGGUACGAUCGGGUUUCUAGCGGAGUGGAAGUUCGAGGAAUACAAGAGGGCGUGGAGGGAGGCGUACAUGAGUGGCAGCGGGGUCGCGACCGAGGACCUCUUGACGCCGCACACAAGGGUAGCGAGCGGGGAGAUGGAGCAUGAGCCUAAGAACGGAGAGAACGGAUGGCAUCACUCUCCUGGGAAGAGCAUGGGACCGAGUCGGGCAGCGAAGAUUCUUCUCAGACACCGAUUGAGGGUCGGCGUUUUUGAUACCAAUGGCCAGAAUAUCAACAGCCAGCUGCUGCCGACAACCAAGUCGCAGGCGCAUCUUCCUGCGACCCCACCCGAGGACACAAUCUUAACGAAGAGAGACAUUCCUCAACCCAUUCACGCUCUCAACGAACUCCUCAUUCACCGUGGCCCUAAGCCUCAUCUAGCCCACAUCGACAUUUACCUGAACAACCGGUUCCUGACGGAAGCCGUGGCGGACGGCAUACUCCUCAGCACACCCACCGGCUCGACUGCUUACAGUCUCAGCGCCGGCGGCUCCAUCAUUCACCCCCUCGUCAAAUCCCUCCUAAUCACACCCAUCUGCCCACGAAGUCUCAGCUUCCGCCCGCUCGUCCUGCCUCUCAACACCAAGGUGACGCUGAAAGUGAGCAGCAAGAACCGCGACGGCGAGCUCGAGGUAAGCAUCGACGGAAAGCGCAGCGCCGGCGCCCCCAUCGGCACCGAAAUCCGCGUCGAGGGCGAGAUGGUCGGCGAGUCCGGCAACGGCGACUGGAAGGGCGGCGUGCCCUGCGUCAUCUGCGGGCCGGGCAAGGGCGACGCGUCGGACUACGAUGACGACGGCUGGGUCGGUGGCCUGAACGGUCUCCUCAUGUUCAACUACCCGAUUGGGAGAGGACAGUAA